AUGUUCAGAAGAGCUGUUGCCACUGCGCCGGCCCAGGCCAGCAAGCUCCUCACCUCCGCCGCCAGGCCCCAGAUCGCAUCGCCGCUGCGGAGAGCAACUCCCGCCGUCGCCGUCAACGCCAGGCGGAGCUACCACGAGAAAGAUAAGUCUCUCCACUCGCUGCCCGUUGCAUGCGCCGCUUCCACGCCACUGCUCGACCACUACAACCGUCCUCGCAAUGUCGGAUCGAUGAGCAAGGCCGACACGGAUGUGGGCACCGGUCUGGUUGGCGCGCCGGCGUGUGGCGACGUGAUGAAGCUGCAGAUCCGCGUCGACCCCAACAACAACACCAUCAGCGACGUCAAGUUCAAGACGUUCGGCUGCGGCUCCGCCAUCGCCAGCUCCAGCUACCUGACGGAGCUGGUGCGCGGCAUGACGCUCGAGCAGGCCGCUCGCAUCAAGAACACCGAGAUCGCCAAGGAGCUGUGCCUGCCACCCGUGAAGCUUCAUUGCUCUAUGUUGGCUGAGGAUGCGAUCAAGAGCGCUAUCUCGAAUUAUUACACCAAGAACCCCAAGGCACGGGUGACGGAUCUUGGUGGCACUGGCGCUUCGCUGCCCAAAGUCGAGGUUGAGACCAUCACGGAGACGCCCAACACGGCGGCUGCCGCGUAA